AUGGAGAAUGUGAUGGUAGAAACAAAUGUAGAUAGUGAAGACAUAAAUUAUGUAAUGGAUGGUUCUUUUCGUAUCUCACCAAGGAAGGAUACCUCUAUCAAAUCGACUUUCAAUGAGACAAGUAUUCCUGAUGUCAAUGCAAAUGUAUCUAAUACGGAUGCAAACAUCAAUUCUGGUGAACAACCAAGUACCUCACUUCCUUAUCAGAAGAAAGUCACACCACCCGAAGUUUUGCAUUCCAAGUCCAAUAUGGAGGAGGACGAAACUUCAAACAUCAAUGUGAAGUUAUCUGAUAAGGACAAAAAUGUUACUAUGGGUGAUGGGGGUUCGAUAACUACAAUUGAUACUUCUACUAUUCCACCACCACCUACUUCACCACCACAAACAUCUACCAUUCCAACAUCUAUUGCAAUUGUUUCUCCAACUUUUGAAGGAGUGAUGCAAGAGCUAGUUGCAGCUUUAUUUUCAUCACAAUCCACAGAUAUUUUUCAUGAAGAAGAAGAAAAAAAUGAUGAUGAUGUAAUGGUUGCUUUUGUUGAUUUACAGUUCAAUCCAGAAGACGAAGAUGUGCCUGAAAAUGCAAUUAUGUCAGGUAAUCAAUUCAAAAUUCUAAAGUCAAAGAUGAAUUCGAUUUUUGCAAUUCUUGAACGAUACUGCUAG